UAAUCCUUUGUCGCGCCAGACUCCGCUAUAAUGGAGCACCGACCCCAACACAAGCCCCGGGGCCUCAGCUUCCACAGCAACAAAAGUCGCGACCCGCCCGCCUCGACGGCGGACCCUGCAAAGAGCCCCAAGUCUGCCUCCAAGCACGAGCGCAAGUUCAGCGACCACUACGACCCCAAUUCAAAGGCCAAUCCAAACGCCGCCAUGAUGGAGCAGCAGCCCAUCGCUGCUGCGCUCGAAAAGCCCACGCUCCAGUCCCUGCGCGGGUUCCAGCAUACCGACUCUGCAGGCAACCCCAUUGUCGAUCCCGAUCUCUCCAACCCCACCCGCUCCCGCUGGGAGCGCCCGCUCGACACGAUCCGCUCUUUCGAGGCCGCCAUCGACAAUGAAUACCGGCGACGAUCCCAGUCUGUGCGCGCCGACCAGACAGAGGUCAUGAGCAGCUAUGGCAGCCGGCGGAGUAGCUACUACGGCGGAGCUGCACACAACAACGACCAGAACCGCUACUCGACCAACAGCGGCUACUUUUCCCAGGGCCGCCCCAGCCGCGACAACUACUCUGAUAGCUACGGCAAUGGCGGCCCUGUGGGCGGCGGCCCGCCGCCUCGCAUGCGCUACGGAAACCGCAUGCAGUCUGACCCUGGAUGGAACAACCGCCAGAGUAUGCAGGGCGUCUACCCCAUAAACGGCUACCAGCAAUCCCGCGACACGGUCAAUACCAAUGGCUCCAACGGCAGCCAUAGCGACGGUCCAUACAACAGCGACCCCAACAGCGACAACAGUUCGAUUGAGCGCGGCAUCCCCGUCCAGCCCCCCCACCAAGACAUGUCGCAACAAUAUGCCUUUCUCAAUGGCUUUGGAAGGGGCCCCAUCAUGGAAGAGUAUGCAGGAAAUGACUCGAAUAACUACUCGCAAGCGCCACCGCCGCCCCCUCCGCACCACGCCAUGCCUCCUUCCAACGGCAUGCCCCCGCAACCCCCGAAACAUGCCUCACCCCCCGGAGCAGGAGGUCCUAUAAAACUGACUUCUGCCGACUCCCCCAGCCCCGAGCCAACAAAGCCCAAAAUGCUGUCCAAGAAUAGUAGCAAUGGAGGCGAAAAGCGCAAGAGCUGGCUUAAGAAACGCUUCAGCAGGGGUUGAGAAAGAUGUUGUUGUGUCUUGAUACCACCAUCCCUCUUUUUUUUUCCUUUUUUACACACACACGUGGCGGGAUCCAAAUGCAGGGCAUAUAGAAAACUGGCCAAAGCUGCUGGGGACGAUCAAAAAUGACCCAUGAUUUGAUGAGUUUUUAAAGCGCAGCGGCAGCGGGGAAGGGGGUUUUUUUCACACAAGGGAAUUGGGCAAAAA